CAUGGAGGAGGACAGAGUGCUGAUUUGGUUUCAGCAGCAGAGCACAUUUUCAACUAAAUCAGGCCAGAGGAAAAAGCAAAGUAGAAAACAGCAAAAGAUAGAGCACAACAAAAUGCAAGAAAGGGAAUGAAGGGUUGAGAGAUAGUGAGAAAGGAACAAAGAGAGAGAUAGAGAGCAAGAGAGAAAGACGGAGAGAGAGCGAGAGCGAGGCAGAGCUCCCAACUCGAAUGAUUCCCAGACUGGCUGACUAGCUGGCAGUGAGCUCUGUGCUCUGAUCUGCCCGCUCUGAUGGGGUUUCAUGCCCUUGCAGGUUAUGUUGGGGAUCCUGAGGGCAACACUGGUUUCUGCUGCUGAUCUUGCUCUGUAUAACUCCCACCUAUCGAUUAUAUCAGCCAGCACAAAGUCAGAACAAGCUAUUCCCAGACUCAUAAACGGCAAAUGGAUCAUCAACCAGUGACAGUCACCACAAUCCGAAAAGGGAGCUAAAAGAAGACUGAACACAAGCAGCACUGAGACGACUGGCAGAUAUGAGAGUGAUACUGGUGUGUGCCCUCCUCUCCCCCCUGUCUUUGACACAUGCCUGUCCAAAGGGGUGCAGCUGCAACAGCAACACCAAAGUAGUAGACUGCCGAGGUCGAGGCCUUUAUGACAUUCCUCGAAAACUGCAUCCAGACACACAGGAACUUUAUUUGCAAGAUAAUCGUAUCAGGGGGCUAGGAUCGAUGGCUUUUAAGGAAAUAUCCUUUGUCCGCAUUCUUGACCUUUCUAAUAACUCUAUAACAUCUAUUUCACCAACCGCUCUGCUGGGUUUGAGGACAUUGCAGCGCCUCAGCCUGGCCCACAACAGCCUGAGAGAACUCGACAAGCGGCUGCUUGGACCUAUCCGCUCACUUUCACACCUUGACCUUUCACACAACAGCCUGUGGGGUUUACCUGGAGCCAUGGGGGACAGUUUGAGGAACCUCAGCUACCUGGGGCUAGCAAACAACAGGCUAACAAGACUGGAUCGCUCGCUGUUGGAAGGCCUUACCCACCUGGAAAGCCUCACACUACGAGGCAACCCCUGGAGGUGUGACUGCCAGCUUAUAGUCCUCAAACUCUGGCUGGAGACCUACCUUUUUAAAGGUGGAGUGGUGGAUGAAGUACUUUGCUCUCAACCAGAAGAAAUGAAGUACAAAGACCUCCAGAAAGUACCCUAUCAGCUCUUCCAUACCUGCAUGAUUACAAGCUACCAUUACCUGUUUGCAAACAUACACCACCUGGAAUCUGAGAGGCUACUUCGAGGCCACACCCAUGGCAACCAUGCUCAUCCUUCCAGCCACACUCUCCAUGUCCCCAUGGCGAUGGGGGAGGGUUUUGGUGGUGGAGGAGAAGGAGGAGGGGGUAUGACAGAGUGUGAAACUAAGCAGAAGCAACGGCCUGUCAACUUGCGCCAUGCUAUAGCCACAGUGAUCAUCACCGGUGUGGUGUGUGGGAUCGUAUGUCUGAUGAUGCUGGCUGCUGCAGUGUAUGGAUGCGCCUACGCUGCUAUCAUGGCUAAAUAUCAGCGGGAGCUAAAGAAGAAUGAGGAAUUGGCUGCAGCGCAGGGGGCAGAUCAUGCUACAGCGGACGAGAAGGAACCACUGGAGAAUGCUAUCGCCUAGGAGAUGAUGAAAUUUCCUCUGGACUUAAAACCUGGGCCUCAACCCUUUAACCUAAUUGUCUCUGGAUGCUAUGUGUGGGCUUGUGCAUGUAUGUUUGUGAAAAAAAAGAGGAGAGAGUGAGAUUAUUUAUUUUUGCAUAAGUUCACCUCAUAUCUCAGAUCUGGGUAGCUAAAUUCCACAGGUAUUUGACUAUGCACUGAUAAGAAUAUUUUACUGUAUGCGGGUUUAAGGGGCAGGCCAAAGAACUCAAACAUAAACAUUUAGUUUUGACUGAAAAAUGCAUAUCAUAGAUAGGAGAAAAUACUAUAUAUUUAUAACUGUGUACUAGUAGGUAUUUGUAAUGUAAAGCUCUGGUAUUUAUAAAGUGGACUUUUAGACUUUUGCUGUCUUUUGGUUGUUGCUCAUCAUUUGGAGUCUGUUUUUGACUCAUAGUAACUCAUCGUAGGCAGCUGUUGUCAGUUAAGUUUUGUCCUAAGUUGUUUGUAUCAAUGAUGUGUGUAUGAGAAGACUGUAUUUUAUCCGUGAUUGAGUGUGUGUGAGUGUGUGUCUAAGGAGAUGUAUAAUGUAUGUUCAUAUUACAGAGAAUUCUAAGCGUUUGUGCCUAAUAAUGUUGUCAUUUUGAGAAGAAAACGUUUUUUCUUAAAGGAUAUUUUUUCUGGAAACUGAAGUGAAAAUGGGAAAUUCGUUGAAGCAAUAAUGAAACAAACUAAAAUGAAAACAGAUACAAAACCUUGAGUCAGCCUAUUUCUGUCUUUAUGAGUUUAUAGGUCUGAGUGACCAAAAUGCUGCGCAGUCACAUCCGCACAUAAAAACUUUACAAAUUUUAAAUUUUGAGAUUAAUUUAGUCUUGUCUGUGACUUAAUGCUGGUUAAUGAUAGUAUUGUUCUUCAAUAUGUACUAUUUAUAAUAAAAGAAAGCAUUUCACCUCA